CACGCCACUACUCAUAAACCCCCACAUAUUUAUUCAAACACUCGUGAAAGCUUCACACAAAACGACCUGAAAAUUAGCAAUGGCUUCUGCUAUCAAAGAAGAACUUUCAGGACAUGGGUCAGGAACAAGCGCCAAGAUCCAGAGUCUUAUAAUAGAGAUGGAAGACGAAGAAGAAGAGCUCUUCGAGAUCAAUCUUGAAGCAGUUAACAGUAUCCCUCCACCACAUUACUGGGAAGCAUUUUUCACUGCAACCAGCAGUGCAUUGCUUGCCAAUUGUUUGUUACCAAUUUCUGAUCUUUCCAGUGCAGUUCCUACCGUAUCUACAGCUUAUACCACAUUGUCCAGGGAAGGACUGACCAACAUUGUCAUAGUUGCAGAGUCCUUGCCAAGGAAAAUUUGUGGGAUCCAAUUUAUGGAGUCUUUUGGGGUACAAAACAAGGAAAUAUAGGCAUAAUAUAAACAGAAAAUCAAUAUAAAGGUAGGUACCGUAUUUCCUCAGAUAUUGGAGUUAAAGAUCAACAUGUAAUUUAAGAAUUAAGUUAUGGUAUCCAAAUAUUCAUGUUAUGCCAUCUGCUUGCUG